GUCAGUAAGCUUGCGCACUCACCUUUAUCCGUUUCGGUCCUCGCACUGGUGCCGUUGUCUCCUCGAAGCUGGAAACGUGCGGAUGUUUUGGUGAACGUUAUGUCAUCGUCUGAUCGGUAGUUCCGAGUGUUUGUCGAUUUUUUCGCCGAUCUCCAAAUGGAUCUCAACGAGAAGGGCGGCGAAGGGCAUCGGUGAAGGAUGUGAUCGAGGUGGUUGCUGUUUUUUUUUUAAAUUCAUAAUCCAGAGGAUACCCGAGGAAGCAAGGAUCGCCUGAAGAUGACCGGGAGAUGGGCAGGAGGUGAAGGUGCGCGAUCGGUGGGAAUCGGCAGACUGUUGCUGUUUGUUUACGUUUUGUUCGGCUGUGGUGGACUGUCGCUUUGCCAAGUAGCCAGGAACGAUACGACGCCGGAUGUGUUUAUCGAACAUUGUCGGAAGGAAUGUGCCAUUUACAAGAAUAUGAUGGCAUGCGGGAAGUACAGGGCGAUUAAGUGGAUAAACAAUGUUGUUCAAGAAAAGGAGUACGUCUACGGUCCCUUCAAAAUCAUCAAAAUACCGGCUGUACAGGGCGUGCGCAUCCUGCCUGAACUUCCUCGUGUGAAGAAGAGCAAUGCUGCAGAGAUGCUGCACUUCAUCAGAGAGUCAGUCGAAGACCUGCUAACCAGACGCGCACUCGUGUAUACGGUUAAUCAACCGUCAGGCGCAAGGAGUUUCAGCAACGGUCUGAUGGUACUAGACGACGACGAGCUUGGACAAAUGGAGAAAAGCCGAACUUUCGACGUCUCACAUGGAAACUUUCGAAUCUUCAAGAAGAAAAAGAACAUAAUCUUGCCGAUCCUCAUAUUACUCAACUUGUUAAAACUGAAGCUGAUGAUCUUGCCAAUUGCCCUCGGAGUCCAUUUCAUCAAGAAACUUCUGGUGCUCGGGUCGCUCUUACUGCCGUCGAUACUCUCACACCUCAAGAUCUGUAAAAUAGCGCAGCAACCGUACCAUCAUCAUCCUUGGGCGGCUCCUGUAGAGUACCCCGUGGAUUAUCCGACUUACAGCCACGAAGAUACUUGGGAUCACAGAAACGACGUAGGAACAGGUGCCGCUGGAUACGGCGGCUAUGGCAAUUAUUAUAACAGUCAUAGUUUUUACAACCCGUUCUCUUAUUACUUCCAAAACUACAAUAAACAGCAGCAGCGGUGAUAUACUUGAUGAAAACGGAAAACGUAGAUGUUAUUGCCGAAACGUGUGAUUCUGUAGAGAGUUUGUAAAUUAUAAUGAUGUGAAUGGUUUUUUAGUUAAAAUUUUAUUCGCUUCGCCGUUUUUUUUGUGUACUUUUCUAUCGUUUUGUAUGCGUAUAAUGUUAAUUUCAUAUGUAAAUAAAAGGAUUAAUGUACUCUAUAAAAUAAAACAAAAUAUCAGUUACUAUA